AUGUAUAAUAAUGAUACAAGACGACGACACAAUCGUCGACCAAAUUCAAAUGUAAAUGAUACUUUUGAUAAUUAUGAUACACAAAUCAUAUUAGAAAACUUCACUAAUUGUCUUCUUAUUUACACAAAUCCUGUAGAUUGUAUAAAUUUUAUUCGAGAAAUUGUUAAAGAAAGAAUACUUUUGAUUAUUUCCGGCGUAUUAUCACAAUCUGCCCUACCUCAAAUCCAUUCAUUACCAACAACUACUGCGAUAUUUAUUUUUUGUAACGAUCGUCAAACUUAUCUUCCAUUAUUAAGUGAAUAUUCAAAAAUUACUGACGUCUUUACAGAUCAAGAUUCUUUAAUGCAUUCCAUACAAAAAACGAUACAUUUCAUCAGCAAACAAGCAUUGACCUUUAGCACAUUUAAUCAUGACAAACAAAAAUCAACUCGUAAUGUAUCGAAAGACUUUGGAUCUUUCACAUGGUUUCAACUAUUGAUUGAUGUCUUACGAAAAAUACCUCAAACUGAUCGAUCAAAACAAGAUAUGCUUGAUACAUGUCGAGAAUAUUGUGCAUUAAAUCAAAUUGAAAUGAGAAAAAUUAAACAAUUUGAACUUACUUAUGAUGCGAACCAAGCUAUCGAAUGGUACACACAUAAUUCAUUUGUCUAUCGAUUGGUCAAUAAAGGACUAAGAACAGAAGAUGUCGAAAUCAUUUAUACAUUUCGAUUUUUAUAUUCUUGA